GGCGUUCGAUAUCACACGAGGUUCUUGGAGGUACUCCUGUCACCCUGGCUGGCGAUGGCGUUGAUGUUAGUCGAGGAUGGUGUUCGAUAUCACACGAGGUUCCGGGAGUUGGGUGAAAGACAAGUUGCUUGACCAAGAAAGGGCAUUGCACAUGGCGGGUGACGUCAUGCGCACAGCUCUGGACGUGGUCGUCUGCGCAGUAUCCCGGUGGCACAGAGGUGAAUCAAGGACGGCAACAGAUAAAAUGGCAUCUCCUGCCCCUGGGAAACAGCAUGACGUCGUUCAACCGCCUGUUGGGGAAGCGACAUCGGAGGGGGCAGGGAACCGUGGUGGGCUUGCGACGACUUCGGCAACUGCGCCUACUAUCAAGCACAACCGUCGGAGGCGUGGUUUGUCCGGCGAGAAGCAAAAUUCGCAGUACUACAAGCUGGACAACCGUUUUGAGUGGGUGGGAAGAUUGGUCCGUGGCGAUCAGGUAUUUUCCAUCGAAACGGUGUACGCGAAGAAUGGCAAGCCUAACCACAAUGCGAAGGGGUGUAGGCUAACUUGGAAAAAAUUCCGGGGUUUUGGAAAUGUUGUUGCCACUCUUCCGUUUUACAGGCCUAUUACCUCGGAUCGUGAACCUACUGUUCUACUGCGGGAAUUCUUUGACGACUGGCAGAGAACAGUGUCGCCAGACAGGUGUAAGGACGUUGCAGAGGGGCAUCCCAUUUCCAUGCCAAUUGCCCGUGUCGGUGAUGACGUGCACAACAAAACACAAACGUCCGAAACAGCAGUUACUGGCGGUGAUGAAGAGGUUGCAGUUCCGAAGACGCCUGCCGAAAAUUUGGACCCCAACUUCACUCCGACGCAGUCGGAGCACUCUCAAGCAUAUGAGGAAUCAGAGCCCGAAAUUGAAGUUGAGUUGGGCACAGUUACGAAGACCACUGCCGAAACGACGGCCGCAGUCGUGCGGCAGGGCUUAGAAAAUCCCUCCAAGGGCAGGACAAUAACCAUCCGGGAACGUGGCGAAGAAGAAUUUGAAGGUCAUGUGUGCCAGGAUUUCGUUGAGGCCAAUCCGUGGACUGGUCGAGGUGAUAAGGGGAAGAAACUGGCACCGUCCCAGAGAAAUGUAGGAGAGGAAGGGUCUGACGAAGAGGGGGGUGACGAUGAGGAUAUCCCCGUUGUGUCGGCGGGGGAGAAGCGAGUUGGGCAGGGAACAUCCGAGGGGCAGAAGCAAAAGAAGCGAAAAGUGAUAAGUGGCGAAGGAAGCUCCGUGAGGAAGAGGAAGCAAGCUGGUGAAAAAGAAGAGACUGCGAAGAAGAAACGGGGAAGUGGAGCCAGGACGGGACCAUCGAGAGGCAGGAAGGACAAGGAUGAGGUAGACGUGGACCAAGGGGGGGGGGGGUGGACAAUCGAGUUAUAGAUUUGGAUGCAGGAUAUUUUCUGGAGUGGAAAGAUGGUGUGAAGAGGAAUGUAAGCCUGCUUGUGACCCCCGAGAGGGUGAUUCCGUUGCCGGCGUGGGAGCUCCCGUACAACCAUCGUUCUAUUGACGGCACCCACGUAG